GCAACCCUCAACCUGCAAGGAGUGACAUCACUGAAGGCAGUGUGCGGCUGCACAGUGUCCCAUGGCUGUGCAGGAGCUGGGCAUCAGCCUGUCCAUGAUGGGCGUGGCUGGGACCAUCCUGAUCUGUGCCCUGCCCAUGUGGAAGGUGACGGCGUUCAUCGGCACCCACCUGGUGGUCAUGCAGGUGUUCUGGGAGGGUCUGUGGAUGACCUGUGUGAGUGAGUACACAGGCCAGAUGCAAUGUAAGCUGUACGACGCUCUGCUGGACCUGGCCCCCGACCUGCAGGCGGCCCGCGGCCUCAUCUGCAUCAGCCUGGUGCUCGGGUGUCUGGGGUUCGUCAUCUUCCUCCUGGGGGCACGCUGCACCAACUGCCUGAGCCACCCAAGGUUCAAGGCCCGGGUGGUGCUGGGCUCCGGGGCCAUCUUCUGCCUGGCGGCCCUCACCACCAUAGUUGCUGUUUCCUGGUCGGCCAACUCCAUCAUCAAAGACUUCCACAACCCACGCGUCCCUGAGGUGCUGAAGAGGGAGCUGGGGGCAGCCAUUUAUAUCGGGUUUGUGUCAUCUGGGCUGCUAUUCUGCGGGGGGGCCAUUCUGUGCACCAGCUGCCCCCCACAGAGAGGCAGGUUUCCCUCCAGUGGGUACACACUGGCCAGGAAACCCACACACAGCAGCUACGCCUUCAAGAACUACGUUUGACCUGAGGACUGGAAACAUUAAACCACUUAAAGAACCAGUGUGUGGGAUUUAGUGCCAUAAGAAGUCAGAUUGCAACCAACUGAAAACCCCUACAUUCCUCCAACCUAGGGGUCUCAAACUCAAUUUCAUCGCAAGCCACAUCAGCAUUAUGGUUGCACUCAA